AUGCAGGGGCCGCGAGACGACCCGGAGCCCACGAUGGUGAACGUGUUCGAGGUGCUGAAGCAGGCGGCCGCGGGCGCCGCUUUCUGGAACGAUUCGUCCGUCGCCGCGUGCGCCGGGGACAUCCGCCGAGUGAUGGACGGAGCUCUGGCGCGCGAGCGCUGGGCUCUCAUGAAGCAUGAGAGAGUGUGGCGCGGCGCGUGCGCAGUGGGGACGCACGGCGAAAGCUCCCGGAGCCGCUGCUGGGCCGGGACCUUCACCCUGCACCUGGGCGACUACGACCAGUGCCUGCGCGCCCGCUCCCCAGUGCUGUUCGCGGAGCCGCUACUGCCUGGCGCGCCGCCAUCGGCCAGCGCAUCGCCACGUGCGUGCCUUCCACGUGCAACGUUGCGCUCGCUGGACGCGCUGCUGGCCAACGGCAGCGCCGGCGUUGGUGUGUGCGCGUGCCCGCCCACACGUAGCCAGGCCGCCGCCGAACCCCUUCGCCUUCCACCCAGCCCUCGUCGCCUUCGGUGGCUGCUGCAUAGUGUGCUUGGAAGUGGGCGUGUGCUUGUGCAGGUUGGUAGUGCUGCUGGCUGUGCUGAACGCACUGGGCUGGUUCCUGCUGACGCACAAUGGGAGCGUGUGCCUGUGCAGGGUGGUGGUGCUGCUGGCCGUGCUGAACGCCCUGGGCUGGUUCCUGCUGACGUACAAUUGUGCUUGAGUUGUAGUGGAGCGGGUGCUGUGCAGGGUGGUAGUGCUGCUGGCCUUGCUGAACGCCCUGGGCUGGUUUCUUCUGACGCUCAAUUGUGCUUGGAAGUGGGCGUGUGCCUGUGCAGGUUGGUAGUGCUGCUGGCUGUGCUGAACGCCCUGGGCUGGUUCCUGCUGACGUACGAGGGCGUGCGGCGAAGGCUGCCCGUGGGUUGGCAGCCCUCGCCCGAGACGGCCAACGCCAUGUCGCCCGUCGCCGCCUGGAGGAAGAUCAGCGGGGCAUCCGAUCCCCGCCCCUGCCUCAAACGUCACUCUCCAGGAGCAGGGGGCGCUAGAGGUGGAGAUACUAAAGGGAAUGGGGAUGGUUCUCGCAACUAUUCGGGAUCUGGGGCAUCACGCGAGGUACAGGCCGUGAAGCGCGUGGGCGCGAAGGACCCCGGCGACUGGAGCUGGGCGCUUUCGCGUAUGUCGGCGCUCGGCGGGUUGCGCACACUGUCCAUGGUGAGCGUGGUGAUCUCCCACCGGGAAUGGCUGAUGCGUAAUCUACCAUUGCUGAACAAGAGGGACUUGUCGCAGCGGUUGCUAGGGUGGCUGCACGUUUACUUCCCGCUCAGCUUCCUCGCUGUCGACACCUUCCUCUUUGUGGCCGGGUGCGUGCUGGCCUACUCGUUUGCCUGCACCCGCCGGCGCCAGCCGCGCUCCCUCCGCCAGCUGCGCUCCUGGCUGCCCGCCUUCUACCUGCACAGAUACAUCCGAAAAUAUUUGUUUGAUUUCAUUACCUUUUCCCAUCGUGACUCCAUAAUAAUUCACAACAAUACAAUUUACCAUAUUAUAAAAUACAUAAAAAAAAAUGUUAUGUACCCUAAAGAGUAA